AUUUUCUUCUGUAUGUCUUGCUAGUGACAGUGACGUGAGGCAGCUAUUUCCUCAUGAAGGUUGCUGGCUAUAGAACCAUAUCACGAUAAAAUUUGAUUGUCUCAUAAUUAUAAUUUUUGCGGCCCCCCGGGAACGAUGGAUCCUCCAGCGCAUCAUGGCAUCUCUUGCAACAGCAGUUGCCGGGUCCUUCUAGGCAGUAACUCAUCCACCAAGCGCCUGCGUACCAGCAUGCGUGCCAGACCGACCUGGGUGGCGGUACCAACAAGGUUUCUUGUGGCAAUAUUCUUGCCACUGGUUUUCCUGCCACAACCUGCGACAGGCUUGGGUUUCCGAAAGAAAAUGGUGAUGAGCGUUUUCGAAGACUGGGAGAGAGAAGACCUUCAGUUUCCGACGAUAUCGAAUGGGCAAGAAACCAACCACACACUUGCAUCCCUAGCCGAAGCAGAAGAACGUGGUAACAUUGACGGUGAAGCAGAGGUAGAAAGAGCGGGCACUCCUCGGACGACCCCUUCCUAUUCGGACCCCACUACCUGCUUCUUCCGAAGAGGCGGCGCGCUGGUCUCCAAACCGGCUCGAGAAUUGCUGGCCCUUUUACAAAUCGUCGAUGCGUGGAAACAUGAGCAGGCCUGCUUCGUUUGCCAGGAGGACGAAAGUUUAACGGCGAUGAGUGACAAGUUUUUUCCAAAGACGCCAUCAUCAUGUUCAUCCUGUGGCCCAGGUCUUGCAGCAGAUCCGGCCUAUUCUCCGGAACAACUACCCGGAACUACGCUGCCGAUCCACUGGCCACGACUUCUCGGGCAUCCGUGCCAGGACAAAACCAGCCUGAUUCUGCUGCCGUGCCAGCACCGCUUGCAUGCCCAUUGCCUGGAGCAGUGGUUCCGCAAAAAGAUCGAAAAAGACCUGACGGCGCACGGGUAUCGACCGCUGCGUAGCCGCAGCCCGUCCGGCGCCGUGUCGUUUGCGCAGAUCCGGGCGAAUGCGAGCAUCCAGCGGCUGCGGCUCGAGCAGUGCAAGAAGGUGGAGGUGGCAAUGAAGGAGUUGCUGCGUCGGGAUAGGAACUGUGGGAGAGGGAAGGAAAGAAAACCAAAAUGCGAUAAAUCAUCGCAAAAAGAUGAAAAGCCCGGCGCCGAAGCGGAGGAAUGUUAUGCUCAACAAUCAGAAGCGCAAGCGCCCGAUGAGGAAGACUUCCCGGAGCGGGUGAGAGAAGUUUGUCAGCGUUACCAUUCUUCGUUUGUCAAAGACGACGCUCCCCUGUCUGCCGAAGAGGACGAAGUAGAACAAGAGGAAACUACUGCCAGUGAUAGUUCAUCUUGCAGUGCUACAUCAAGCUCAGCAGAUCAAUCAUCACGCCGGCCCGUGACGACGGAAGAGUGCCUCCUGGCCGCGAGCUUGUGUGAGAUUCUCGACAACACGGACGGGAUCGAGUGUCCGCUCUGCCGGCAGCAAGCGCAUACAGUGGUGCCGAUUCUCGAGGAGGAUAUUCUUGGCGUGUUGAAAGCGGUGGCCAAGCACGACUGUAGCCGUCUCGCGAGGCACAAUUUUUACAGCCGCGACGUUGCUGAUGCGAGCGAGGAUCAAGAGCAAGAGGACUACGAUUAUUUCGAGGAAGAAUCUCAACAGCGUGUUGAUCAUGAGCCUUUCUUGCGGCGCAGGAAAAACAAUAGUAUCAGAUGCGGGCUCUUGUCCUCUUCCUCCAGACUGUCAAGUGCUUCGACAAACGAGACCGACACAGCCAGCAACUCCGCCACUUCGAGUCCGUCGUUGUCGUCGAGUGACAGCGUCGCUUCUAUGAUGGAGGUCGUCGUUUUCGAUGAGCUCCCACCAAGGCGCACUGAAAUCGAACAAGGCACCGGAAGUGUUAAAAACGGCGAAGAUGAUGAAGAUAUCGCAGCCUGUACAGCCACAACAAGAUCAAGCAAAAGAGGGGAAGUAGUACGUGAAAAGGAUGGAAGUGCUGAACAAGCCAGCUCAGUUGACGCUCUAACCGCGGCAAUGGGACAACUGACCCUGGAUCCGGUGAAGAUGAAACUUUUCUUCGAUUCUUGUUGCAGACGCUUGGAACACCGAAACGCGCAGGCCGACGUGCUGGCAGUGAGCAGCAGCGUGGCUGGUCGGUUGUUAAGGGACACUCCGUUUCUGCGGCAGGAAAAAGCAAGGAACGAUAUGAAAGGUGAGAAACGCCAGGAAAUGGUUGAGAAGAAACGCAAGAAAAAACAUACCAAAUCAUCCGCAUCAGUUGUCAAGAAGCAAAUGCACCACUUCUGGUCGGCUGCAGCCUGUCGCCGCCGCCGCCGGGCAACCUGCCGGACACUUCGGAAGGGGUUGAAGCCACUUCGAUGGGCGCUUGAAUGCUACACGCGAUUGGACGACAAUUUCAAGCACAAGUUUUUCGUUGGCAACCUUUGCACGGUCGCGCUGUUGGGACAUGUCUGGGCCACCCUGGGGGUCAUACCCAAUGAGCUCGCACAUCAGCUGGUAUGUGCAGGCUGUGUGGUGCAAGCCAUGUCGCUGUUGCUGUCUAACUUACAGGAACGAAUCGAGGAUGCGCAGCAGGCCAUUGACUUUGCGCUCACCUUGAGUUUUCCGUGCAUGAAUGGAGGCCGCCAGCGCCCCGUCGCUUUUGAGUGCAAGCUCGAGCGCGUGCGGGCAAAGAUCAAGGCGGCGCUGGAAGAAAUGCUACCGGAAGUAGAGCCAUGCUGCAGUUCCAAGGACGAUAAGUACUUGGAAGAAGAAAAAGAAGAGGAAGGAACGUGAUUAUCAUGGAUCCAGCUGUACGUGUACGCUUCUAAGAGUGAGAAGAUAAUUUUGUUCCCACAUCAGGGAGUAGACAUGGUGGUUUUGCUUUGAUACAACUCACUGUUAGGAUAAACUUUUGCAUCUAUCUAUCGAUCAUGUGCACCAGCACCCAUAUUACUUGUAGAUUAUACGAGAAUUCCACCCUAUUUUCGAUUUCGAGGGCAAAAGAGACGCUUUGGCGGUUUUGCUUUCGGAGCUAGUCGUAGUGGUUUGGAAUCAAACAAAAGAUCUUGUUGCAGCGCCUUGACUUUUGAAUUACAACAUCCUAGUUCUCCCUGUUUGACCCUAAACUACGUCAACACUUUUGGUCUGUUACAGCAUGGUGCCUCGAUGCACUUGUGCCUGGCAAAAUUGAUACCAUCAGCUAGUACUAGCAGAUUGGUGUCUUAUUUUUCAUCUAAAGCGAACUGCAACUGCUCCUGCUGCCUGUGUCGCGGAAGAUGCGUACACGCAACAAUGCUAGACAUUCACAUUUAUGACCGAAACGGACACAGCAGGUCGUGCUCGUGGUCAUAGCCACGUCAACCAGAAAUGCAUACUGUAAUCAUAAAUCAUUCUACUUACACUAAAAGAUCGAAGUCAAGCACUCCUAUGCCGUGCCUCUUUUACGCUCGCU